AUGGCGAGCCAACCAAGAAUUAGUGAUAUGCCUGUGUCAGGACGAAAAUUAGCACUUGUAAUUGGCAUAUGGAACUAUCAGAAUGAGAAGGUUCGAAAAUUAACAAAUCCCGGAAAUGAUGCGACAGAUAUAACAUGUGUAUUAGAACGUAUUGGUUUUUCUGUAACAACAAAAUUGAAUUUAACAUAUUGGGAUAUGGCCAAGAUUUGUGAUGAUUUCAGAAAGAUAAUACAACCAGGAGACAUGGUGUUAUUUUAUUAUGCUGGACAUGGCAAGCAAUGGAAAGAGCAAAAUUAUCUAUUACCAAUAGAUUUUGACGAUGCAGAGAAAAACUUAAACAAAAAUGCAAUUCCAGUGCAAUCCAUACUCUAUGACUUCAGUGAUCGAGAACCAUUCGUAACGAUAUUUUUAUUGGACUGUUGCCGAGAAUAUCACGCACGCAAUGAUAAUAUCGAUACAAAUGCACGUGGCGUAAGUAGCAGUGACUCUAAAUCAUCUGGUCUCAAAGCAAUGAAUGCACAAGCUGGAUCGUUAAUUGCAUUUGCUUGUGCUCCUGGAGCUAUUGCCAACGAAGGUGAGGGUGAACGAAAUGGCUUAUUUACAAAAUAUCUUCUUAAACAUCUUCCAACGCCUAAUGAAGAUAUUCGAAUGGUCUUAGCUGAUAUUACUAAAGAAGUAAUGAUAAAAUCAAAUACAAAGCAGAUUCCAUUUCUAAGUGCUGCAUUAAUACAGAGAAAUAUAUAUUUAUGUGGUCAACCUCAACGGUACACUGUCAAAGUGUGUGACUUUGGUUUGGCUCGAACACGAAAUGAAACGACACGUCAAACAAAAUCUAAUCAUACAUAUGCUUAUACACUGCCAUGGACUGCUCCUGAAAUACUUCGCUUGGAAGAAUAUUUAGAUAAAAGCGAUAUUUAUAGUUUGGGAAUCAUUUUUUGGGAACUGGCAAGCAGAACAAUACCUUAUUAUGAUCGUCAAGAUGAUGUCAUUCGUGCAUUCGUACUUGCUGGUGAUCGCUUGAAGAUACCCAAAAGUGCUCCAUCGAGCUUUUGCGAUGUUAUUAACAAAUGUUGGGCACAACAGCCGAAUGAUCGACCUAACAGUUCUGAUUUGAUCGAAAUGAUUGAAAGGUGUAUUCAGGCUCAAGGUAAUUCCUUUUUAUUCUUUAACUACUAUGACGAAGGGUGGUCAAUUGAAGGUGAGGAUGUGAAAAUUGAAGCCUAUCAUCAAUGUGAACCAAUUACCUCCAUUGAAGUCCGAUUCCUUGUUCGAUUUCCCUUGUAG